GAUCCAAUGAUUCAGGGGAGAACUAGAGAGGGACAGCAGAGCGGGGCAAAGGGAUUGAGAAAGGGAGACAUAAAGUCAGAGAGGCAGGUAAAUGUGGUACCCAUGCCACAGUGAUAGAGACAUCCCUUGCUAUUGCUCAUAGACAUACAGACAUAUCAUGUAUAUCGCAAGGAAGAGUUCCUCCUCACACCAGCUUCUAUUUAUCAUUUGACUCCUUGUCGCCCUCUGUUUCCGGGAUCCCCAGCCGUCUCCGCAUCCCGGCUACUCUAUACACAAUGUCCAUGGAACCCACUUGGGAAAGACGCGACUCCUUGUGGAGGCGCCACUCGCGGCUCUUUGCCAUCUGCCUCAAUUCCGGCCAUUGGAGUUCACAGGCGCCAGCUUCUUCUCUUCAGGAAGAGAGCGGUAUAUCAGUUGGAGUAAUCUUCCAUUUUGCGACAAAUGUGCAUGUGCUGAAAGUCUCAGAAAUUGCCGAAAAGCAGGAAGAACUCCGAUGCCCUGAAUCUGCAUCGAGGGUUGUGGUUUUUGCCCACGCCUGUUUGCCUUUGGAGGUAUCGGUAGGCAAGAAUAACCUGGUCACAGCUAUCAAUGGGACUAAUGUAUCGCUCCUCUGUACGUUCAUGGCCUGCAUUGGCUUCAGUGAUGUUACCUUCUCUUGGAUAUACAGCUCUAUGAACAGUUCACUUAAACCUGAGGAACUUUAUAAAGGGACACUAAAGGACAAGAAGUCAUUCCCUAAACCUGUAGAAAUUCUCAACAGGAACGAACGUAUGGAGCGGGUACAGCUUGCUCCCAACAAUACAACCAAAGAUUACGAACUAUCCCUGCUUUUGAAGAAUGUGGACUUUGAUGACGCUGGGCGCUAUACCUGUGUUGUGAGGAAUAAGAAGGAAAAGGGUGCCACGCACAAUGCCACCAUUAUAUUGACAGUGGUAGACAAAGUUGAGGCUGUGGAUAACACACUGACUCGAAUUAUCGUGGCUGCAGUUGGUGGGGUGAUUGGACUUCUUAUACUUAUCCUUAUAAUAAAGAAAAUUAUUACCUUAAUUAUUAAGAGGAACUGUGACAAGAAGAAGGACUGCCUUGUAAGCUCCUCUGUUAAUGACAAUACUGACAAUGCCUCCAAACAAGAAAGCAAGGCCAAACCCAAAAAAUAAUUUCCCAAACCAUCAGAUAGUUGCACAAUGGACAAAGGACUUCCAAGAACGGAUUGUGAAGCCAAUCGAAGCAAGGUCACCGGCAUUGCAGGCACUGUAAGAGAGGCAGAGAACCCUCUAUUGUGAUGUGAAACACUUUCAGCAUGACACUCUCGCAUUACAACUCUGCCACUUUAUAACAGUGGUUCAUCCACGAGUCUAGGGUUAGGCUUUGUAGCACCCAGUAAUUAUAUAUAUAUAUAUAUAUAUAUAUAUAUAUAUAUAUAUAUAUAUAUAUAUAUAUAUAUAUAUAUAUAUAUAUAUAUAUAUAUAUAUAUAUAUACUGCACAUACAUAUGCCCUGACUCAGAUAAUUAAUGUGAACAAAAAAAUGGUUCUUUUUGAGGAUGGGUAAAGGAAUAUGCAAAUAUAAAGCGGAUAUAACGUGAUGAGCUUCAAUGUAUUAUUAGGCUUCAACCUCCUAGGCACUCCUGGGUUGAAGUGAUAUAUAUUUGGCUUUAGAUGGCAUCGCAAACACAUACAGUAGUUGUAUGUACUGUAUACCGAAGCAUUAUCAUACCUCUGAUAUCCCUUCACCUUUAAUACUGACAAGGGUCAUAAAUAGCAUGCUCUUAAUCCUAGAACAUGCUGUGGGAAAUUCUUAAAUAUUGGUGCAAUUUGUCAUCAGAGCAGUGAAACACAGCAGUUAGUACUUUGCUUUGAUUACUUUGACUAUGCAUUACUACAUACGGUGUAUAAGUGCAUUGUUGACAGUUGUAUAAAUUUAGUUUCAAAGUCUAAUUCCCAGCACAUUCUUGAACAUGGGGAGACCUAGAAACCAACAAGACAUUUGUACUCUGAGAAGGUGUGAGAAAUUUGGCCUCAGUGCAGAUUGGCACUGCUUGGUAUGGUUGUUGGUUAAAUGGUUAAAAUGGGGGUUUCAGUACAAGAACAAUACCCUUUCUAAGCACUGCAACCCCCAAAAUUAAAAUGGGGUGUUUGGUUAUCUUGCUAGUAAUCUACUGCCUGCACAUAUGGCUACCAAUCCACAAGUGGAUGUCCGCGACCCUGUAGGCCCUCAGUGGGUAUUGCUGCUGCUAAUAUUAUGAAUGUAAUAAUAAGUUAUUUAAUAAACACUGGUUAUAUAAAUAUAAACCAACUGGUACUGUUGCACUGUCAGUGUUAAAAAAAACAAUAAAUUUGCAAAUGUUAA